GUUAAUCAACUUCCUGAUGUGAGGAGGCUUGCUUCGCUUAUCUGAUAUAUUGACAUUACGCGAUGUUUUACAUUUAAUCUGUUAUUGAAUGACAUAUCAUUACCACUGUCGAGAUGUCUAGGGUUAUGAAGUUGAAACACAUUUUUGAAGCGAAAGGAAAGAAAAAGCAUGGGAAAAAGGUAGAAAGACAAUCUUCUGUCACAGAUCAUGAUAUUGAUGAACUAUUUGAAAAGAGUGCUGCUUACCUGGACAAGGAAGGAGACAAUUCACAGAAAAAGAAAAAUGCAGCAGACGACAUGUAUGCAGUGGUGGUCAAAAGGAAAGGCAGGAUGAAGGUUGAGGAAGAAGAGAGCAGACGACGCUCCAGGUCGCUCCCCUCUGCUGCUAAAUAUGGCUUACCAAAACCAGAAGUACCCAAGAAACCAAAUUUCCUGAAAAAUUUGAUGUCUGGAAAAGGCAAGGACGACGCAAAGAAUAAAGAACCUGAUAAGAAAGUGCAACAUAAUGAGAAAGACAAAAGUCCUGGAACUGGGACCACUUAUGCUGUGCCAGCUUUUCCAUACUUGCCUCGAACUAGGACUAUAAAUAGAGGGCGCUCAGUGAAGCGCAGAGGGCGAAAACAUAGCGGUUCUAGCGAGGCUAGCCACACAGCGGCAUCUAAUGAAAAAGAAAGUCCAGAAUCCCCUAGUGACUCAAGUGCAUAUGUUAGUCAAAACGGCCACAGUUCGGACCGUGUUUCUACGUACAGUGACCACCCUUAUGACAAUGUCGUAAUUGAAAAUGGACACAGUGAUCAUGCUACCGAUGACAAAGUGUCUCCAGUUCAGCCUGGAUGUUAUAAUAAAUCUAAUUAUUCAGAGGAAUCUAAAAAUGUGGAAGGGAAUAAUAGAAAUACAUCUGAAGAUUCCGAGGAAGUUGAGGAACAUUUGAAAAAAGUGGAGUCAUCGGGAGAGCUGUCUACUGGCCGGUCAUUAUACGAUGAGUUUGACGACUGGUGGGAUGAUAGUAGUUUUAGUGAUGAUGAUGAGGAUGAGGGAAUAAAUGAGGAACUCAUCGUCCCCGAUGUUGAAGAGGAAGUUGAAGCCACAGUAGACACUCCAGAGAAGAAGUUGUAUAAGAUAGCUAUGGAAUUGCUUACCACAGAGAGAGCCUAUGUGCAGAGAUUAAGGCUGGUGCAUCAGGUCUUCCAUUUCCGAGUGCUCACAGAGAAUCACAAGCAUCAGAUGUUUCCAGAUGACGUUCUUGGUAAAAUGUUCUCCAAUAUUCAAAGUUUAUACCAGUUCCAUGCUGACUUCAUGCUUCCACAGUUAGAGGAAAGAAUGUCAAAAUGGGGUGAAAUCCAAAAGCUUGGUGACUUACUGAAGGGCCUGGCACCAUUUCUCAAACUUUAUUCAGAUUAUGUGAAGAACUUUGACAAUGCUAUGCAGACCAUCAAUUUCUGGAGGGAGAGAAGUCCCAAGUUUGCAGAAAUUAUUGAUGAGAUUCAGAAAACUCCAGAGUGCGGUCUCCUAACAUUACAACACCACAUGCUGGAGCCCAUACAAAGAGUACCAAGAUAUGAACUUUUACUCAAAGACUACAUCAAGAAGUUGCCAGAAGGUUCUGUAGACAGGGAAGAUUCUGAAAAGGCUUUGAAUUUAGUGGCCACUGCAGCAUCACAUUCCAAUGAAGCCAUGAAGAAAAUUGAUCAGUUUAAAAAACUACAGGAGAUUGAACAGAGUCUGGGGAAUACAGUGUCUUUGAUAAACCCAACCAGAGAGCUAAUCAAGGAAGGUCCAGUUGGUAAAAUAUCUGCCAGGAAUGGUCAAGAAAUGAGCAGAUAUCUCUUUUUGUUUAAUGACCUUCUGUUGGUGUGCUAUGAGCAGCUGCUGGCUGUUCCAGGACUGGGGCCUAACUACAGACUGAAGGCCAAGUUAGACAUUGAUGGCAUGCAGAUAUUUGAGGGAGACAACUUGGCCAAGUCUAAUACGUUUUACAUCAAGAGUAAACAAAAAACUUUGGAACUCUUCCUUGGCUCAUAUGAGGAAAAGGUUGAUUGGCAAGCAACAAUGGCCAGGACUGUGAAUGAUUACACCAAGAAAAAGAAGUCUCUUAAACCAACUGUCAGCCAAGAGAAUUUGCUUGACACUGUAAAUGACCAAGAGCUCGGAAUGAGAGCACCUCGUUGGGUGAAAGACGACGAGACAACGAUGUGUAUGCGAUGUGGUGCGCAGUUCACAACGAUCAGAAGAAGACAUCACUGCCGAGCUUGUGGUUAUGUUGUUUGUGGCAAAUGCUCCAGUUAUAAAGCCAAGCUGCAGUUUGAUGAGAAGUUUCACCGUGUUUGUGGCGACUGCUUCAAGAAGAUUCUGCCAUCAGGGCCAGCUGUUGGAUCAGAAGAUGGUGCCCUCAAGAGACCUGCACAUUUGGAGGUGAGGGCCAGUGAAAACCUAGUUAUUGGAGGAUACCUACAGCUCAGCAGUGACCUUGGCAAGACCUGGGAGAGAAAGUAUUUUGCUGUGCACCAAGACUAUGUUAUGUAUUGUUAUAAAGCUCAUCAGGACCUGUUUGCCAUGACCUCCAUGCCUCUCCCUGGCUAUGUAGUCGGUCCUGCCACAGAGACCGACCCCGUGACAGGAGAAAAGAAUAAUGUGUUCAAGCUUCAGCAUCAUCACAAGCAGUACUUCUUUAGGGCAGCUGAUGCAGGAGAAUGUAAAAAGUGGUUAAAAAUUUUAGAAAAAGUUGUCCAAGCAGAGCUUCCAAGUAUUGUCAUACCGUCACCUGAACAAGCAGAAACCUAGCUGGGCAAGGGCACACAGAUGUAUUUUGUCUUCAUCCAAAUGAGAUCACAGUAAAGAACCACGUUGUGAUUGAGAUUAUGGUUCCUUAACUUCCACCAGUUUUUGUCUUCUUUGGAACAAGUAAUUAAUAUUUAUAUGUAGUUAUAUAAAGACUUACUGUGUUUGUGUUGUUGAUUGUGGUUCUUGUCUUCCUUGGAACAAGUACCGGUACUUAAUAUUAAUAUUUAUAUAUAGAUAUAUAAAAACUUCCUGUGUGUGUGUUGUUACAUGUGGUUCUUGUCUUCCUUGAAACAGGUACUUAAUAUUAAUAUUUAUAUAUAUAGAUAUGUAAAUACUUACUGUGUGUGUGUGUGUGUGUGUGUGUGUGUGUGUGUGUGUGUGUGAUAAUGGGGGUCACAAUUAUCCAUUUUAAUGGAACAACAAAAGCUCAGAUGUGAAAACAAGAUUCUACUUUUGUUAUUGACAAGGUGUUUUUUUUUUUAAUGAUAAUAUGUAAUUUGUCUCAAAUUUGACAUGAGAAUUUUUUUUUAUAAGUCUGAAUCACUGCAUCCAAAUUUAUAUUUUUCCCCCUUUUUUUACAAAAGAAUAUCUACAAUAUAUUUUUGAUGGUACAAAAUGUGAUUCUAUAAUUGAAUCAUAUUUUUGAAUUGACUGCUCUAUACCUCUUUAUUACAAGGACAUGAUAAUGUGGAUGUGGAAUUAUCCCCUAGAUGACGCAGUUCUAUUGUUUUACCUUGAUCACAAACUCACGUAAUUUUUUCAUUGGAAAUCCUUGUCUUCCAUUUUUUAGCUAAUUUUUUCUAGUGCCCAUUUGGCAUUAUAUAGCAAUAGUACAAAAUACAGGUCUUAUACAAGGUGUCACAUUUUUGUGAAUGUUGCACAUUUUAAACUAUUAAUUCCCUUGUAUCAUCUGUUAUUCUAAUACUAGUAACUUGAUAUGAUGGGCAAUAGAUCUAAGUCAUUUGAGACUUCAACAAUUAUGCAACCAUGCUCAUAUUAUCUACUUUAAAAACAGUAACAGUUCCAUGUGUCACUUUCCUUACCAUUCAGCUGAAACAGAGUUCUGCUGAUCUCAUAUCAAUUACUAAUCAAACACUAAAUAUCACUAAUCUCUAUUCAUAUGUUGUUAUGGGGACCACAAUAACUCCAUAUGGUGACUGACUCAGGAACAAUAAAUGGUUCAGAAAGAUCUUUCAGUUGUAUGAUAAAUCCUAAGCUUUAUACAGGUUUGGCAGUUAAGGUUGUGAGACCAGGGAAUUGUUUCACAAUAGAAUGAGGACCAAACUUUGGUCAAAACUUUAAGCUGGAAGUUUUAACAUACUCUGACCCAAGUCAAUCAGGCCCCAGUUUCACAAAUAAAAAACUUAAGUCAAGAUCCCUGGCUUAGAACUUAAUUACCAAGGUUACAUGGUCA